AUGGAGCCGAGCGCCCUGGCGCAGGCCGCGGGGCGCGACGUGGAGAUCCUCAUCGAGGCCGUGGCGGGCGGCGCCGCAGAGGUGCUGCUCAAGGUGGUGGAGCUCUAUUUCUGCGAGAGCUGCGGCCAGAGCUUCCCGGAGCCCGCCCUGCUGUCCCAGCACCGGUGCCUGCAGCUGGCGGAGCCGCCGGGGACGGAGCCGGCGCGGAGCAGCGGGGAACCGGCGCGGAGCAGCGGGGAACCGGCGCGGAGCAGCGGGGAGCCCGCGGGCGCCGCCGAGCCGCUGCUGUGCCCCGUGUGCCGGGCGGCGUUCGCGCGGCCCGGCGCGCUCAAGGAGCACUUCAGGAGGCACCGGGGCGCGCGGGGGGCCCUGCCGUGCCCGGAGAGGAGCUGCCGCUUCUCGGCGGCGGCGCGGCGGGAGCUGCGCGGGCACCUGCGCGCGGCGCACGGGGCGGGCACCGUGCCCUGCGCCUCGCGCGCCUGCCCGCUGCUCUUCCCGAGCCGCGCGGCCAUGGAGCGCCACCGCCGCUGCCACCUGCCCUUCCACUGCGGCCGCUGCGCCUUCGCCACCGCCAACGCCCGCCUCUUCGGGCAGCACAGGAAGGGGCACGCGGCCGAGCCCGCCCGCGCGGCGCCCGGCACCGCCGGCGGCCUCCAGCAGCCCCGCGUCCUGCUCUCGGGAGAAGGGCAGGAGGAUGCGGGGAGCUGCCGUCCUGGCUGGGAAGCAGCAGCGGGAGCAGCCGGGCUGGCAGAGCCCGCGGGCACCGGGCAGGGCUCCUUGGAGGGCCAGAAGGCAUCGGCUGGAGAGGAGGACUCGGAGAGUGGUGCGGAUGAAUUGCUGGAGGAGGAUGGAGAGAGCCCCUAUGAGGGGGAGCCCAAAGAGAACGGGAAGGAAGCUCCUGAGGAAGCCCAGGCACCCCAGGAGCAGCACCCCGAAGGGAACGUCGGGGAGGGCUCCGAGUACCUUUACAAAACGCACAUGUGCCCCGAGUGCAAGCGGUGCUUCAAGAAGCGCACGCACCUGGUGGAGCACCUGCACCUGCACUUCCCCGACCCCAGCCUGCAGUGCCCCAACUGCCACAAGUUCUUCACCAGCAAGAGCAAGCUCAAAAUCCACAUGAUGCGGGAGGCGGGCGAGAAGGCCCAUCGCUGCCCGCUCUGCCACUACAGCUCCGUCGAGAAGAACGCCCUCAACCGCCACAUGGCCAGCAUGCACGAGGACAUCUCCAACUUCUACUCCGAUGUCUACUCCUGCCCCGUGUGCGAGGAGAAGUUUCGCCUCAGCCAGGCCCUCAAGGAGCACCUGAAGACUCACAAAGCCGAGCCCAAGAGGCUGAGCUGCUUCCAGGGAGGCUGCGACUACUUUGCUGAGGACCGCAAGGAGUUCAUCCGCCACCUCAAGGAUGCUCACGGCAUCAAGGCCGUGGAGUGCAGGUACCACGCCUGCUCGCUGCUUUUUGGCACGGCCGAGGCCAUGGAGGCUCAUCGGAAAACGCACUACGCCUUCCACUGCCAGCAGUGCGACUUCAUCUGCUCCAACAAGCACGUGUUCCGCAAGCACAAGAAGCAGGGGCACCCGGGCAGCGAGCAGCUGCAGUGCAGCUUUUGCCCCUACGCCACCUUCAACCCCGUCGAGUUUCAGAACCACGUGGGCAAGAUGCAUGCCAACGAGAAGAUCCACAAGUGCGCGGAGUGCCCCUUUGCCACCGCGCACAAGAGGGUGCUCAUCCGGCACAUGCUGCUGCACACAGGAGAGAAGCCCCACAAGUGUGAGCUGUGCGACUUCACGUGCCGGGAUGUGAGCUACCUGUCCAAGCACAUGCUGACUCACUCCGAUGACAAGAACUUCAUGUGCACCGAGUGCGGAUACAUCACCAAGUGGAAGCACUACCUGAACGUCCACAUGCGCAAGCACACCGGGGACCUCCGGUACCAGUGCAACCAGUGUUCGUACCGGUGUCACCGUGCCGACCAGCUGAGCAGCCACAAGCUGAGGCAUCAGGGCAAAAGCCUCAUCUGCGAGGUGUGCGGCUUCACCUGCAAGCGCAAGUACGAGCUGCAGAAGCACAUGCAGGCCAAGCACUCGCAGAACUACCAGGUGCCCAUCUUCCAGUGCCAGUACUGCGCCUACCAGACCAAGUACAAGCAGGCGCUGCUGAACCACGAGAACUGCAAGCACACCAAGCAGAAGGAGUUCCGCUGUGCCCUCUGCUCCUACUGCACCUUCAGCAACACCAGCCUCUUCUUCCACAAGCGCAAGGUUCACGGUUACGUCCCCGGGGACAAGGACUGGCUGGAGAACUACGCCAGCAAGGAGCAGGAGAUCAGCUCCUCCGAGGUGCUCUUUGGCUGCGAGCUCGGCGCAGCUCCUGCUCAGCACAGCGCAUCCCACGGCUCGGGUGCUGCCUCCCCAGCCUCCGGCAAGGAGCAGUGGGCGAAAGCGGAGCCGCAGCGGGAGGAGAGCUGCCAGCGAGCGCUGGUGCUGCCUCUUCUGGAGCAGGGUGCUGCUGUGCCCCAGGGCGGCCCCGAGCUGGGGCAGGGGCAGCGUGAAGGGGAGCAGAGCUGUCCCCUCACUGCCAGCGCACAAGUUGAUCCUGCUCCAGGCUCAGCUGGUUUUGCUCCUUCGGGGGAUGUGGUUGAGAGCUGCACCUUGCACUUGGAGACCUUGGAUGUCUCAUCUGACCCUAUGCUGGAGCAUCUGGCUGGAGAUGCCUGYGCAUCUCAGGCAGAGAGCGCAGAAAUGCUGGCCUGCAAGGAGCCUCCUGCAGCCUAUGAAGUGCUAGGCUCCCGGGAUGACCUUGGCCUAGAGGACAAUGACAACGCACUUGGAGACAUCCCAGACUUUGAGGAGGAUGAGACAGAUGCACGUGGGAAUGAAGCAGCGAGGCUGGAGGGCAGCACUGUGACGGGGGACAGCCAGGGAAAAGAUGUGGUCGGGGAGGCUGAGGGCAGCCCACAAGGGCCGUGCUCCGACCUCGGCGCGCCGGGUGCGGACACCGGAAUGAGGGAGAGCAGCCACGUGGAGCCGGCCGAGCACCGGCUGCGGGCGCCGGGAUCGGCCGAGCGGAGCCGCUCGCCGCCUGCGGCCACCUCUCCCGCCGACGCGGGGGGCGGCUGCGAGUCGGUGCUCAAGGCGCUGCGGAAGCAGGACAAGGAGCAGGCGGAGACGCUGGUGCUGGAGGGCAGGGUGCAGAUGCUGGUGGUGCAGUCGGAGAGCCGCAUCUUCAAGUGCGAGAAGUGCUCGUACGUGACCCGCAAGGAGAAGUCCAUGUCCCUGCACUCGAGAGCCAGCUGCCAGAGCCGCCGGGCACCGCUCGUGUGCCACGAGUGUGGUGCCAGCUUCAAACAGCAAAGGGGGCUCAACACCCACCUCCUCAAGAAGUGCCCKGUCCUCCUGAAGAAGAACAGGACCCUGAAACUGGCUGCUCAGGAGCUGCCUGGSUUGUGCCAACCUGCCAGCCAGCCAGGGGACAGUGGUCCAGAAACAUCAGGGAGCGACAGGGGAGGCUUGGAGGAGUCUGGGCACCAUGAGACCCCCUGGGAAGUGGAGGUGAUAGCUGAGAAAACGCAGUCCUCGAGCAGUCCCUUAGCCAAGGAAGAGGCCUCGGGCAGUCCUGCUGUUGAGAAGCCCCCUCCUGAUAGCAGCAUGGACGUGGUGGAAGAGCCUUCCAUGCAAGGGGAUCCCGCUGAGCCAGGUGGAGCCGUUUGUCCCUCCCAGCCUGGGAGAACAUCUGAGAAAUACCGUGUGGAGGGCGGAAAGCUGCGCUGCAACGCGUGCUCCUUCGCCUGCUCCCGCGUCUCCACCAUCACCUCCCACGUGCAGGACGGCUGCCGGCGGCGGGCGCAGUUCUGCUGCUCCCUGUGCCCCGCGGCCUUCCGCUCCCGGCGGGCCCUGCGGAGCCACCGCAGCGAGACGCACGGCGAGCGCCCCGAGGGUGACGGGCGCCAGGGCACCGAGACACCCCCAGGAGCCCCGGCUGGCAGCGAGGCGGGUGCACCCGGCGAGGCGCCGCCAGCCGCCGCUCCCCGGAAAGCCGCCGUUCCCAAGCGGCGGCGGUUCUCCUGCCCCACGUGCCCCUUCACGUGCCACCAGGAGCGGGCCCUGAAGACGCACACGCAGAGGGGCUGCGCGGCGCUGGGCGAGUUCCGCUGCGCCUCCUGCCCCUUCACGUCCAAGGCGGCCAAGGCCCUGCGGCUGCACCGGCGGCUGCACCGCAAGCGCUACAGCAAGCGGCCGCAGCUGCAGUGCCGCCAGUGCGAGUUCACGUGCAAGCAGGCGCGGUGCCUGCGCCAGCACGUCCGCAUCAAGCACGAGGGGCUCAAGCCCCACAAGUGCCGCUACUGCGAGUUCAGCACCACGCGGCGCUACCGCCUGCGCGCCCACCAGUCGCUGCACACGGGCGUGGGGCGCGUGGCCUGCGGCGCCUGCGGCCAGACCUUCGGCACCAACUCCAAGCUGCGCGUGCACCGCCUGCGCGUGCACGAGAAGACGCCCACGCACUUCUGCCCGCUCUGCGACUACGGCAGCUACCUGCAGAACGACAUCACGCGCCACGUGAGGAGCUGCCACCGCGGCGAGCUCAACGUGGGCUGCGCCCGCUGCGACGCCCGCUUCAGCUCCGAGACCGCCCUCAAGCAGCACGUGCUGCGGCGGCACGAGGAGAAGGUGCCCUACGGCUGCCCGCGCUGCGGCUUCGUGUGCCACAGCGAGGCCACCCUCAAGUGCCACGUGCAGAAGCAGCACCCGCACCUGGAGUGCGGCGCCUGCAAGGAGACCUUUGCCACGCGGGACGCUCUGGAGGAGCACAAGAAGCAGCACUUCAGCCACCGCUGUGAGCUGUGCAGCUUCGCGGCCAAGGAGCGGCAGCAGCUCGUGGGGCACUACGUGGAGAGCCACGAGCCGGCCGCCCCCCAGGAGAGACCCCUGCGCUGCCCCUUCUGCGACUUCGCCUGCCGCCACCAGCUCGUCUUCGACCAGCACAUGAAGGGCCACGGCGGCACCCGUGUCUACAAGUGCUCAGAUUGUGAGUACACCACCAAGAACAGGCAGAAGAUCACGUGGCACAUCCGUAUCCACACCGGCGAGAAGCCCUACAAGUGUCAUCUCUGUAAAUACGCCUGUGCUGACCCCUCGCGCCUCAAGUACCACAUGCGGAUCCACAAGGAGGAGCGGAAAUACCUGUGCCCGGAGUGCGGCUACAAGUGCAAGUGGGUGAAUCAGCUCAAGUACCACAUGACGAAGCACACGGGCCUCAAGCCGCACGGCUGCGACGAGUGCGAGUACCGCACGAACCGGGCGGACGCGCUGCGCGCGCACAAGGAGACGCGGCACGGCGAGGCGCGCGCCUUCGUGUGCGAGCAGUGCGGCAAGGCCUUCAAGACGCGCUUCCUGCUCAAGACGCACCUCAAGAAGCACAGCGAGGAGCGGCCCUACGUGUGCGGCGCCUGCGGGCGCGCCUUCCGCUGGGCCGCCGGCCUGCGCCACCACCGCCUCACGCACACCGACGAGCAGCCCUUCUUCUGCCGCUACUGCCCCUACAAGGCCAAGCAGAAGUUCCAGGUGGUCAAGCACAUCCAGCGGCACCACCCCGAGCGCAGCGUGGGSGAUGCGAGCCAGGGCGUGGGCAAGGAGCCCCCCGCGGACCACGGGCACCUCCUGCUCCACGCGCAGCGGCAGAGCCCGGCCCAGCAGAGCCCGGCCCAGCGGCCCCCCGCGCAGGAUGGCGGCCGCCCUGCGGACGAGGGUGCUGUCCCCCCGGGGGGCACCCUCUAA